AUGAAUCUUUAUUAUUUGCCUCCUUAUAGAAUUUCAUAUGAUCCCACAAGAUACCCUAAAUACAUUCCUGAAGCAUACUGUCUGUGCCAAGGCUGCCUCAUGGGGAUCUUCGGCGAGGAGAAUUUUCACUUCCGCAGCACCCCCGUGUACAUGCCAACAGUCAUCCUCCGUCGCACGUCGUCAUGUGCUGGGGGCCGUUACGUCUACACAGAAGAUUAUGUCACUAUCCCAGUGGGCUGCACUUGUGUACCUGAGCAAGAAAAAGAGGCCGAAAGCGUAAAUUCCAGCAUAGAUAAGCAAGAAAUGAAGUUGCUGGUAAGCCAGAACAAGCCGUCAUCAGAAUGA